GGCUCUGAGCACCUGAUGGAUCUGUGGGUGUCCCUGACCAUUACAGGGGAGUUGGACCAGGUGGUUUUUAAUGGUCUCUUUCAACUCAAAAGAUUCUGUGAUAUCUAUAACUCUGUUGUGUUUUCUUUUUCAGGAAGCCCUUACCAGCCCAUAAUUGAAGAACUAAGAAACUAUCCACAAAAGAGGUUCUACAAUGUCUCAAAGCUUGGAGGCACCAAGUAUGAUAUUCUGCCUUAUUCCAUACGAGUGUUGUUUGAAUCCAGCAUCCGUAACUGUGAUGGCUUCUUGGUGAAAGAAACAGAUGCUAUGAACAUUUUAGACUGGAAAACAAAGCAGAACGAUGUCGAAGUGCCCUUCUGUCCUGCCAGAGUUGUUCUUCAAGAUUUUACUGGAAUUCCUGCAAUGGUGGAUUUCGCUGCAAUGAGGGAAGCAGUAAGAAAUGCUGGAGGAGAUCCUGUGAAAGUCAACCCUGCCUGUCCAACUGAUCUCACUGUUGACCAUUCUCUGCAGAUUGAUUUCAGCAAAUGUGCAAUACAGAACGCCCCGAACCCCGGGGGCGGUGAGGCGCAGAAGCUGACAGCAGCAAAGCUUUCUCCGCUGAAGGGACAGCCGCGGAAACUGCCGUGCCGGGGUCAGAGCAGCUGCAAGGGGCCCUGCAGUGCUGGGGAGCUGAGCCGUGCCUCGGGGCAGUUCUCUGCACAGAUAGAGAACACACCUAUCCUCUGCCCUUUUCACCUUCAGCCAGUGCCUGAGCCUGAGACAGUAUUGAAAAAUCAAGAGAUGGAAUUUGGCAGAAAUAGAGAGAGGCUUCAGUUUUUUAAGUGGAGUUCAAAAGUUUUCAAGAAUACUUCCAUAAUACCACCAGAGACUGGAAUGGCACACCAGGUUAAUUUGGAGUAUCUAUCAAGAGUUGUAUUUGACGUGAAAGAUUUCCUAUAUCCAGAUAGCGUGGUUGGCACAGAUUCUCAUACAACCAUGGUAAAUGGCUUGGGUAUCUUGGGCUGGGGUGUUGGGGGAAUUGAAACAGAAGCUGUGAUGCUGGGGAUGCCAGUUACUCUCACUCUGCCUGAGGUGGUUGGGUGUGAACUGACGGGCACAGCCAGCCCACUUGCUACAUCCAUAGACAUUGUUCUGGGCAUUACAAAGCAUCUUAGGCAAGCUGAAGUCGCUGGAAAAUUUGUGGAGUUCUUUGGGAGUGGAGUUUCCCAACUGUCUGUGGCAGAUCGAACCACAAUAGCAAAUAUGUGUCCCGAAUACGGUGCUAUGCUGAGCUUUUUCCCUGUUGAUAAUGUGACGUUGAAGCACUUAAAGCAUACAGGUUUCGAUGAGGCCAAGCUUGAGGUUAUGGAAGCAUAUCUUAAAGCUGUGAAGCUAUUUAGAAAUGAUGAGAGUUCUUCCAGAGAACCCGAGUAUUCCCAGGUAGUGCAAAUUAGUUUAAGUUCUAUAAUUCCUCAUGUCAGUGGCCCCAAGAGAUCCCAAGAUAGAGUGGCUGUCAAUAACAUGAAAAGUGACUUCCAAACCUGCUUAAAAUGAAAAGGUUUGUACAACUGCUGUGUUCUUCAAAAGGCUGGCGUUAAAGGGUUUCAGAUUGCAGCUGAAAAACAGAAUGACAUUGUACCUGUUCAGUAUGAAGGAAACCAGUACGAGCUCUCUCAUGGCUGUGUUGUCAUUGCUGCAGUAAUCAGCUGUACAAAUAACUGCAAUCCAUCUGUCAUGCUCGCUGCAGGACUCCUGGCCAAAAAGGCAGUUGAAGCUGGCCUAGAGGUGAAGCCCUACAUAAGAACUAGUCUAUCACCAGGCAGCGGAAUGGUUACACAUUACCUCAGUUCCAGUGGAGUAUUACCAUACCUCAGUAAGCUUGGGUUUGAGGUUGUUGGUUAUGGAUGUUCAACGUGUGUUGGAAACACUGCUCCCCUUCCAGAAGCCAUCAGGAAUGCAAUAAAGCAGGGUGAUAUCAUUGCCUGUGGAGUGCUGUCUGGAACAAAGAACUUUGAAGGACGUCUGUGCGACUGUGUCCGUGCCAACUACCUUGCUUCUCCCCCACUUGUAGUUGCAUAUGCUAUUGCAGGCACUGUUAGAAUAGACUUUGAGACUGAGCCUUUGGGCACUGGCGUUAAUGGCAGAAGUAUCUACUUAAGGGAUAUUUGGCCCACGCGGAAAGAACUACACACAGUGGAGGAAGAGUGUGUGAUAUCAUCAAUGUUUAAGGAAUUGAAAGAAAAAAUGGAGAAAGGAAACAAACGAUGGAAUUCACUGGAAGCACCUGAGUCACCUUUAUUUCCCUGGGACUUGAAAUCCACUUAUAUCAGAUGUCCUUCCUUCUUUGAUAAACUUGCCAAAGAACCAGUUUCCCCACAGCCGAUUGAAAAUGCCCAUGUCUUGCUCUAUUUGGGAGAUUCUGUAACCACAGAUCACAUAUCUCCUGCUGGAAGCAUUGCAAGGAGCAGUGCUGCUGCUAAGUACCUGACUAACAAAGGACUCACACCUCGUGAAUUCAACUCGUAUGGGGCUCGACGGGGUAAUGAUGCUGUGAUGACAAGGGGUACAUUUGCUAAUAUCAAGCUUCUGAACAAGUUCAUAGGAAAACCAGCUCCUAAAACAAUUCACUUUCCAUCAGGUCAAACGCUAGAUGUGUUUGAAGCAGCGGAACUGUACCAGAAAGAAGGCAUUCCUGUAAUUAUUUUAGCAGGAAAGAAGUACGGAUUGGGCAGCUCAAGAGACUGGGCAGCAAAAGGGCCUUUUCUACUGGGUGUUAAAGCUGUCCUAGCUGAAAGCUAUGAAAAAGUCCAUAAAAGUCAAUUGAUUGGAAUUGGCAUAGCUCCACUUCAGUUUCUUCCUGGAGAAAAUCCAAAUACUUUGGGUCUCACUGGCAGAGAGCAGUUCUCUAUAUUAUUCCCUCCAGAGCUGUCGCCCAAAAUGACUUUGGAUAUUAAGACAAGCACUGGGAAAGUGUUCAGCGUGUUUGCCUUGUUUGACAACGAUGUGGAGAUAACUUUGUACAAAAAUGGUGGAAGUCUAAACUUUGUGGCUCGAAGAUUCUUAUAGUAGCUACUGACUGUAUGGGCACCUCGCACUAACUGGUAACUCUGAAAAUGCCUUGUGUGAACCCAGGAAUCUGUACUGUGGAACUGCAGACAGCCCUAGUGUGCUCUAAGUUACUUCGUCCAUGGAUGUAAAAGAUUGUGAAUCAUUGUAACUGCAGCAAGAUCCUUCCUGAUUUUAAAUAAUAUUCUAAUGGUGCUAUUAAACAUUGCUAAAAUCGACGUGUGUUAUGGCAGAGAGAGCUGUAAGUAUGGAGGGGAUGUUUUCUCAGACCAUUUUGUAAAUAAACCGUGUGAAAUCUCAAACUGAUUGUGCUGAAGAUUAUUAUGUAAGAAGGUUUUCUGCAGUUGUUUCACUUAGUUUUUGCACCUGUAAAUCUGUGUACUGCUGUUGGUUUAAGGGUAGCAGGUGGUAUGGAAGGUUAAAAGCCAAACAGAUGGGUGGUUUGCUUUUUUGGCGUCCAGAGCUCGAAAUAGAUCUUCAGUUUUGAAUGUCUUGCUUACUAAAUGAUGGGCACAUAAGGCCCCCUGUGUCCCAUUUUAUUAUUUUAUUUUAUUAUAUCCCUUCCGGAUCCAGAUGGAAAACCGAUCAACCCAUGAAGUGCUGUGGGCUAUAGAAGUACAGUGUUUUUGUGGGCAACAUCUCUGCUUGUAAGAGAAUGCCCACAGUACAUGGCUGGUGUUGAAGUGCAGUCCCCCCCCCCAGCAUUCUGGUAAGCUGCAGUGUCCUUCAGUUGAGAACUUUGUCAUAUCUUCCUUAAGCUUGUCCUCUGUAGUGUUGGUUUUUACUGUAUUGUCUGAUAUCACUUGCCAGAGAACUUCCCUCAGUAUUUUAACCUUUAAGAAUUUGUAUUACGACUCUUUAAUUACUCUGCUUUAUAUGCAGCCUAUGUCUAAUCAGUUUUACUUGUCACAUGUUAAAUUGCUGAGGUAGCCAUGCUGCCUUUUAAUGCUUUGGAAUGUUUUUUAGUUUGCGGCUCUUCCAAACAGGCAUCAGAUUCCCCUGCUGAAGAUCGCAGAAUACUGAACAGAUUUGGCUCUUGGCCACUGCAGCUCCACUAAAUCUAAUUAUGAGCAUAUUGCUUAUAAAAACUGUUUUGUAUUUAACAUUAAUGGAAGAUGCACGGUUUCUGCAGAAAUGCUUUUGUUUUAUCACUUAGCUUGAUCACUGAGAGCUGCUGAUCUGUGCCGGUUUGUCUUCACUGAUGGCUUCAGGUAUUUCUGUGCUCCUGUAUCUUGAACGGCUUCAUGAUACCACUUAUGUUUGUAGAGUGAUGGAUUGCUUUUGGAGGACAAAGCUGCAGAAACCUGCCUAUGAAUGUCAAGAUUAUGCUUUUAGAUUUUUGAUCUUGAUAAACAUUGUCUUAAAUGUCCUAACUUGCCCCAAGACUCCACUAGUUUUACUGUGUAUGCUUUCAGUCUAUAACUAGAUGCUAAGCCGGCUGACGUGCAAACCAACAUGUGCACUAUUGGCAUCCUUAAAUAGUAUGUUUGUGACAUGCCUAAAAGCCUGAAAAAUGAACCCUGACACAGUUAUAUCAAUAUAACAUAAUUCUGAGACAGUUCAGCUGCAAACUUCAAUUCCAUUGGCAUAGUUCUGAUACUUUUUUUUACUAGACAAAAUUCCAUAAGGUUUGGAAUUCUGUAUAACCUGUUCCAAUAAUUUUACUGUGUUUUUCUUUUAGCUGAGAUGAGAAAAACUAUUCCAGUGACUCAUACCACUGAUAUGGGUAAUAAAUCAAUGCAUUUUCUAAUAGUAUAUUCAACUGAAUGCUGAAUGGUUUUCUGUUCUGUGGUACAUUCUGGUAAUUUUAUCAAGAAUUGAGAUCUUACUACUUGUCUAACAGCAUCUAAUACUUCUUUUCCAGCUCAAAGGUAUAUUCAUAAUUGAAGACAAUGCAUGUUCAUUACUAAGGAACAAAUCUGACUUUAGAACUGACGCAUAAUGAUGCUUUGUGCAGGAGAUCAAUGAAGUACAGCUGCAAGGCUAUCUAAAAUACUUGUGUAACUGCUAGUGCUUGAGUGGGGCACAGCCUCCUGCCCUCCCAGUGCAGUGACGCUCCUUGCCUCAGAAGGAGACAGUGAUCCAAGCCAUGUCAAGGUAAACCAGUAUUGUGAAGUGCAAUUUCAAGGGCUGUGACUUAGAGUUGUUGCCACCAAUACUCAUCUCUUAAGAAGCGUGAUGGUUUCAUUACCAUAGCAACUACUUAAAAUCUGCUGCACUCCUAUGCCUUAAUGUCAGUGAAAGGCAGCUCCAAGUGCAGAUGCUGUUGACCUGGAGGCUCCUGCUACUGUUGCUGCUGUGGGUCCUCUCCCAACCACACCAAUGUCUUUGUGACUUGUGCAGACUGACUCCCACCCUUAAGAUGGGUAUGCCUGAAGGUGGUAGGUGCUGAGGGGAACACACUGUUCAUGUACCCAUCUCUUGCUUCUCACCCAGUAGUGAGCUGCCAUGAUCCAUGGUCGUGUGCCUGCACCCCUCCCCUUGUGCAGCAGGGAGUGCCAUCAGGUCAGGUCAGUAGCUUGGCAAUGAAGGCAGGACGUUGAACUUUGAGCUCACUGCUAGGAUCCUGUGAGCUUGAGAUGGGCAGCAGUGAAGCCUGCUUCUGGCAGUGGCAGGAUACAAUGCAGGCAGAGGAUUGCUGUGAUCACACAAAAAAAGCAUUGUUCAAUUAGACUUCCUAGUAUCUUAAAGUAUAGGAGAAAAUACUCCUGUUUGAAGAAGUGACUGUGUUAGAUGUAUUUAACCUAGAAUUCUCUCUCCAGUUUGAUUUGGAGAAGAAUAUUCCAGUUUUUCUAAACAUUUACUCUUUGUGCCCUCCCAAAUGACCAAGCUUUGGGAUAGUGUUGAUGUUUAUACAUUUUACACCUAAGUUUAAGGACAUGAAAUUCUGUAUAUUAAUCGUAUUUAAGCAACUGCAAAUCAGUGUCUGCUGUUCAAAGCCAACAAAAGAGUUGAAGUUUUAAGUUCAGUGUGUAUUGUAUAGAUAUCUUACCAGAAGUUCAGCUGAUGACAAUUGUGCAUAAAAUGUUACUGAUACUGUAAAUUAUUUUUAAUAAAGAAAAUUGUAUCACA